AAUGAUCACCUAUUUCAUACCAAGAAAGGACAUCGCAAUAUUCCAGUCAAAAUAGGUCUUUGAUAUUUUAUCUAAUUUUGACCAUAACGGAUGUUUAAACUGUCCAUGUACUAAGGAGAGUGUUGCAUUUGUUUUUUGUGGCAGACGACAAGGUUCGGACAUUGUACACUAAACUGUAUGAUCUGUCAUCUACGCCAUCAAAUACUCAUCAAAACCAAGAAACGGUGUUGUGUCAUUGUGUCGCCUGUGUUCGCUCUCAGACGUCCAUUACAGACCCCACUAUUUGGGGCUUGAUACACGUAUAAAGGAUUUGUCUCUGAAACGGUCAAGGUAAAGAAUACUCGCCAUGGUCACAAGAUUAAGCUGUGUGCUAGUCCUUGCAAUAUCUAGCAUUUCGUUUUUGGAUGCCCAGAGAACGUUUGGUGCUUUUGAUGGUAGUGAUUUUGUGAAUGUCAACAACGGAGGUGUUGAUGGAACAUUACGAGGAUUUGAUCCAAAUAUGAGAGUCCCAAGAUUUCAAAAUCGUCGCUUAGCUGAUCUUCCAAGACCUUUACAAAUGGAGGUUAUUAAUGCUUUAGUUGCAAAUGGAGUGAGAGGAAGUCGUGUUGCUAAUGGUUUUAUUGACGGUAUUGGGGGUACUAAUGGAGGUGGUAUCAGAACUGGUGGUGGCGACAUUAAUACCAGACGAUUCGCAGUAAACGGUGCUCAGGGACGUGGUUUGGGUGUAGACACUAUCACAGCAACUGGUGCAAACGGUGCUGGGGUUGCUGGGCGUCGCUUUACGGUCAAUGAUCGGUUUGGAGAUACAAUUACCAAUACAAGAAUAGGAAGAAUACCACCAGCCACUGGUGGUCAAACCAUAGACUUAAGUGCAACACGAGCCACUGGUAGAAUCGGAGGAAGGCCAUCCAUCCGCACAACAACACGUAUUACCGGAGGUAUGCCGCGCAGUGGAAUUCUGGGAGGCUUGGGCAGUAAUGUAGAUGACUUGUUCUUGGAUCCUGUUUCCGGUAGAAGAGUUUUAGUUCGUCCAAUUGGUGUAGCGAACAACAUCGUCAAUCGGAGAACGACUGGAGAUGGUGGCAUUGCAGUAGGAACACAAGACGUGUCCACAGCAAAUGGAUUCAGAAGAUUCCCAACAUCUACAUUUGCAGGUGGUCCACAAACAAAUCUAAGAAGAACACAACUGCCAAUUUUCCCAUCGAAUGGAGCGUCAGGCACAAUGCGUACCACAGCAUUCAACAGAGGAUUCCCAAACAACAGAGUCUCGCCGUUUCCUUUCGGUGGAAUACAAACCGAUAUUAGUAACAAUGUGGCAGCACCACAACCUAUCGAUCUAAGCUCUCUGGAACCUUUACCAGACAAUUUCAUGCCAAGGCCACCAUUCAACAUCCCACCACCGAUGUUUGACACCAGACGACGAAUGUUUCCGCCUGCACGCCCGCCCCCAGGAUUAGGGGCGCUACCAAGACCUGGUCUAACGUUUCCUCGUCAGCCUGUUGUGGAUAGAAAUUCUGGUACAACAGAUUUAAAUAAUGCACUGACCUUCGACUCUGUCAACCCCUCAGUCUUCAACACAGGACUAGAUGCCACAACAACAGCUGACUUCGACUUGAGGUCCAUGGCACGCCCUCGUGCCACUUUAGACAGAGUACCAAUUGCACCUGCAUCAAGGAGGGGGUCACGAAUCAACAUAAACUUGAGACCCUUAAGACCGUCUGGUGGUACUGCGACCGGCAUUAAUGGAGUAUCACGUUCAAGACGGUUUGAUGUUGAUGGGAAUGUAGAUAUAGACAUUGGGGUGCCAACAUUUAUGAAUCGCGGUCAAGGUGCGGCGGGAAUCAAUAUACCAGAUACAAGAGCAACAAUAGACAUGACGAGUCGCGUUCCCGCCACUUCAGCCAGAAGGGAAACCACUAGAACGGCGAACACAAUCACGGGCUCUGGUUCAAAUGUUGCUGGAAGUAGGAUAGAUCCGAUUGAUAAUACAAUAGAUGGCUCUGGAUUAGCAAUCGAUGGUUCUACUUCAUCUGUGAAGACGACUACAAUAAAGAAAAUAGGAAGAGAAGGAAUUAUCGACACAGGUUCCCCAGGAACGGUAACUCGUACAACAACCACAACCACAAGACGACUUGCUGAGGCGGGUAUAACAGGAGAGUCUGCACUUUCCAUCGAAAACCAGCUCCAAGCUAUUGAACAGCAGUUAGUGGCAGCAGCCGGUGUAGCCAGACCGGUUUUUGCCGUUAUUCCAAUGAACGAGAAGGCCAACCAGGCAGACUUCAACGAAUUCCUUAGGAAUAUGACUAAUGCUAACCAGGUGAACAUAAUUGACCGAAAGUCGUCCAGGACAAGCAGUACGAGAACAUUAGGUGGCGACAUGGGGGUCGACAACUCCCUGGGGACAAUGGCGGUAGACGGCGUCAUAGGUGGGGGAGUUGGGAUGGGUGGACCCUCGACAGUCUCUAGUUCAAGUAGAAGCAGCAGCUCGUUUCAAAGUUCCAGCACUAGAACAUCUUCCACCGGAGCAAAUUCAGGAGACAUUGCACUUGGCGGUUCCGGAGAAACAGGCGGAACGGGAAGCACGAAAAGAGUUACGAAGACGACCGUAAUCAGAAGAACCUCAUCAGAUGGAAACACAGUAGGAACUGAUCUUGGAUUAGAUGGAUUUGGAGGAAAUAUCGAUGGGAGUAUGAGUAAUUCUGUUGGCAGCGAUGGGCUAGGAGGUGGAAGUUUUACAUCAUCGAGAAUAGGAACAUCAGGAUCAAUGGCUGCAGGGUCUGGAUUAAUUGAUGCAGGAAUGUCAAGUUCUUUUUCUAGCGAUGCUUCCAGUUCUUUUUCUAAUGAUGUAAACAUAUUCCCGACCAACAUACCAUCGGUUAAUGACGUAACAUCUAUGCCAGAUCCGAUUGGAUUGUAGAAAUAUAACGGACACAUUUCUGGUACAAGUAGAUAGGCAUCUUUAAUGGAAGCGGGUGUGAAUUAUGUCAAUCUUAGUACUGCAAAUCUUAACAAGAAUAAACACAAAAGUAGCGGGGAUCGCAUCACUUCAUGCUUUCUACUAUUAUCUAUUGAUCUUACUUUGUAGAACUGUGUUCUUGUAACAUUUCGUAAUUUGUAAAUAAUGUGAAAACUUGAGAAACCAUGAAAAGUGUCUACCAUACUUCAUUUCAUUUGUAUGAUUCAUCUAUAUUUAUCGUGAAUGAAUGUUCAAUUUAAUAAAUUCACUACUUUAUAAAAUCUAUCUUUCUUCCAUAUUCCAAAGAAUGAUCCAAUAAUACCGCCAUA